AUGGGAGAGUGCUGCGUAAGGCCGGUCACUCCUCAGGCUGGAGUCAAUGGGAGAGUGCUGCGUAAGGCGGUCAUCCUCAGGCUGGUGUCAAUGGGAGAGUGCUGCGUAAGGCCGUCACUCCUCAGGCUGGUGUCAAUGGGAGAGUGCUGCGUAAGGCCGGUCACUCCUCAGGCUGGAGUCAAUGGGAGAGUGCUGCUUAAGGCGGUCACUCCUCAGGCUGGAGUCAAUGGGAGAGUGCUGCGUAGCCGGUCACUCCUCAGGCUGGAGUCAAUGGGAGAGUGCUGCGUAAGGCCGGUCACUCCUCAGGCUGUGUCAAUGGGAGAGUGCUGCGUAAAGCGGUCACUCCUCAGGCUGGUGUCAAUGGGAGAGUGCUGCGUAAGGCCGGUCACUCCUCAGCUGGAGUCAAUGGGAGAGUGCUGCGUAAGGCCGGUCACUCCUCAGGCUGGAGUCAAUGGGAGAGUGCUGCGUAAGGCCGUCACUCCUCAGGCUGGUGUCAAUGGGAGAGUGCUGCGUAACGCUGUCACUCCUCAGGCUGGUGUCAAUGGGAAGUGCUGCGUAGGCCGGUCACUCCUCAGGCUGGUGUCAAUGGGAGAGUGCUGCGUAGGCCGGUCACUCCUCAGGCUGGUGUCAAUGGGAGAGUGCUGCGCGACUGAGGCCCCAGUACCAACCCAGAACCAGCACCCUGAGCCUGGGGUGACGGGGGUACGGUCCAGGGGUGGAGGGGGUGGUCCAGGGGCGGAACAGAACGGACAGGCACCCCCACAACGCCCCCCCCAGGUGGUUGAGAGUGAGGAAGACGAAGAUGAGGAGCUGACGCUGAAGUACGGGGCCAAACACGUCAUCAUGCUGUUCGUCCCCGUCACGCUCUGCAUGGUGGUCGUCGUGGCAACCAUCAAGUCCGUCAGCUUCUACACCCAGAACGAUGGACAGAGGCUGAUAUACACCCCGUUCCCCGAGGACACAGACACAAUAGGGCAGCGAGCCCUCAACUCAGUCCUCAACGCCACCAUCAUGAUCAGUGUCAUCAUAGUCAUGACCAUGGUGCUGGUGCUACUAUACAAGUACCGCUGCUACAGGGUGAUCCAAGGCUGGCUGUUCCUCUCCUCUCUCCUCCUUCUGUUCUUCUUCUCCUUCAUAUACCUCAAAGAAGUGUUCAAGACGUACAACGUGGCGAUGGACUGGAUCACCCUGGCUGUGAUCGUCUGGAACUUCGGGGUGGUUGGCAUGAUCUGUAUCCAUUGGAAGGGUCCUCUCCGUCUGCAGCAGGCCUACCUCAUCAUGAUCUCUGCUCUCAUGGCUCUGGUCUUCAUCAAGUACCUUCCCGAGUGGACCGCCUGGCUCAUCCUGGCUGUUAUAUCUGUGUAUGAUCUCUUGGCGGUGCUCUGCCCCAAAGGUCCUCUACGUAUCCUAGUGGAGACGGCUCAGGAGAGGAACGAACCCAUCUUCCCAGCUCUCAUCUACUCCUCGACCAUGGUGUGGCUGGUCAACAUGGCAGACACUGGCCUCGGACACAGACCAAUGACCAGGAAGAACUCAACAGAGGCCCCCAUCACUCAGGUUGAGAGUCAAUCCCUGGCUCUGGGCCCUGCCCCUCUCAGCCCCCCGGAGGAUGACGGAGGGUUCACCCCUAACUGGAUGGGGCAUCAGGAGCAUCAGCUAGGACCCCUUCAGUCCACGGACGAGACCCGACGGGAGAUCCAACAACUCCCCUCUGCCAGACCCGUAAUGGACGACGAUGAUGAGGAGAGGGGAGUGAAGCUGGGUCUAGGAGACUUCAUCUUCUACAGCAUGCUGGUGGGGAAGGCCUCCGCUGCAGCUAGUGGAGACUGGAACACUACUCUGGCCAGCUUCGUAGCCAUACUCAUCGGCCUGUGUUUAACUCUUCUUCUCCUGGCCAUCUUCAAGAAGGCCCUCCCGGCCCUCCCCAUCUCCAUCUUCUUUGGCUUGGUAUUCUACUUUGCUACAGACAACCUGGUCAGACCCUUUAUGGACCAGCUGGCUCUGCACCAGUUCUACAUUUAGCAGGAUGUUCCCCUUGCUCUCGCCACCCCCACGGGAGCUGCCAUCAUCAACACCAGGGGUGUAUUCAUUAGUGCACAACAUAGCGAAACGUUUUUGCAACGAAAACAUGUUUAUUUUUUUCCCGACCAAAUCAGGUAGGUUCCCUCCCCCUCCGUUUUCGUCCUGUUUUGUUGUGCCACAGUUCAACCUCUAACAAGGGGACCAGGGGCGUCUCCGGUCCGGUCCCCUGAAUGAAGUUGAUGGUAGUUUUUGAUCUGCCUUUUUGUUUCUGGGCGGGGCGGUGAAGGGGGGGGGGGGGUUCCUAACCAUGAUGUCUUUUGAUUUGUUCAUACUUUACUCGUUUUCAAAAAAAGUGAUUGAUCCGCCGUCUAAAAGUUACGGUGAGUUGAAGGUGUACUGCGGUGGGUACUACUACCAACAGAGCUAGAAUGAGUUGAUGAUUCUGUUGUUUUUUUUUUGGGGGGGGGGGGGGGGGAGUCACACACAAACCCCAGAAAGGAGAAGAAGAAGAAGCUGGUUCGUCUCCUGAGAAAAAAGUACUUCAGAGGGGCUUUUUAAUAAACCCACCUGAUGGUUUAGGACUUUCACACUCUCACUAACGGACUGUCACGUGACCUGAUGAUGUAACUGAUGAUACUUGGUCAAAUGGUUUUUGUUGUUGUUGAAUAAUUCUACUUUGAUUGUGCUUCUUGAAUUGAACUCGUCAAGAGCUUUUGCUGUGUCCAUUCAUCACUGCUCCAGGGCUGUGUUCCAAACGGCUCCCUAUUCCCUGGAUAGUGCACUAGAGCCAAUAGGGCUCUGGUCAAAAGUAGUGCACUAUAUUAGGGGAAAAGGGUGCUAUUCAUCCUGCAUUCCAGGAUUCAUUUCCAUGUUUUUUGUUUUGUUUUUCCCCACUGUCAGAUUUUCAGACCGUGAAAACAAAGGCCUGUGAGUUUUACACCGUGUUGCUGGUCCACAAUGCUUAUUUUUCCUGAACAGGAUGGUUUGAAACAACUCCUGUAGCGUUUAUAAUAUAACAGCUUUGAGUUGUGUCCCCCAACACACGGCAUCAUUAAAAAACCACCACGGUUUGGUCAGAGCAAUGUCUAAAUCUAGACGUGUCGUUGAUUCUAGCCUGAUUCCCGUGUUUGUCAUGACGAUGGCGGCAGAGUUCGCGGGGGGGUCAAUUCCGUUUCAAUUCCAGUCAGUUCAGGAAGUAUACCGAAAUUCCAAUUAUCUACAAUGCUUUUCAAUGAGGAAAAUGUGGAAUUGGAAUUUUGUUUAACUCUCUGAUUUGAUUGGGUUUGGAAUGGAAUUGACCCCAACCGUGACGACGAGUGACAGGAAGUUGACACGAUAACACAAACAGAUCCGGGACCAGUUUAUAUGUUGCUUGAUCCACACUAGAAUCAUCCUGUUGUCGCCUGGUUCUGUCUUAACAGUCGGUUUCUCCUCAUGGAAACAAACUAAAAUGUUUUUGACGUAACGUCAUGACAAUACAUUUGACAAGGAGUUUGAUAUGAUAGCACAAAACAGAUCUGUGACCAUUUUAAGAUUUAAUUUGACCAGGCUGUCCUGUUCUGCUUUCAAGACGAGCAACAAGUUGAUCAUGGCUGGCAUAGAACUCUGUUAGGCCAAACUAGUUCUUUCAUUUUUUUUUUUUUUUUUUCAUGGACACACAUUAGGCUUAGUCCUAGAACUGAAAACACCCAUUUUAAAAUCAUUAUUUUAGUCCAGGGCUUUGCUUAAUCUGUGUCUAGGAGACAGAAACCUAGUGCUGCUCUCCGAUUUAAAACUCUUUGCUGCAGAGUAACCUGCACAUGGAGCAAUGACAUGAGGUCAUUGUGCUGAGAUUGGUGUUUUUCUUACUUUUGUAAAGAUGGCCAUGUGCAUUAUGCAAGGUUGUUCAUUUAAAAUGUUCCGUUUUAAAAUAAAUGAAUCAAGAAUAAAAUACAA